GGCGGGGAAAUUCAAACGUGUGUGUGGAGAGGGGCUGGAGUUCCCAUCUUUUCUUCUCAGCUCCGCUUUUCCGCAGAGAGUCCUACCUUGGUGGCGAACGGAGGGGGCGGAGGCGGCCGGGGUCUGUGGGCCCUUGAGCCGAGCCGCGCUGGCCGAAAUGGAGGCUGAGGAGUUAAGUGGCAGAGAGUUGACAAUUGAUUCCAUAAUGAACAAAGUGAGAGAUAUUAAAAAUAAAUUUAAAAAUGAAGAUCUUACUGACGAGCUAAGCUUGAAUAAAGCCUCCACUGAUACUACAGAUAACUCAGGAACUGUUAACCAAAUAAUGAUGAUGGCAAACAACCCAGAGGAUUGGUUGAAUUUGUUGCUCAAACUGGAGAAAAACAGUGUCCCUUUAAAUGAUGCCCUUUUAAACAAAUUGAUUGGUCAUUACAACCAAGCAAUUGAAGCACUUCCUCCAGAUAAAUAUGGCCAAAAUGAGAGUUUUGCUAGGAUUCAAGUGAGAUUUGCUGAACUAAAAGCUAUUCAAGAGCCAGAUGAUGCACGUGACUACUUCCAAAUGGCCAGAGCAAACUGCAAGAAAUUUGCUUUCGUGCAUAUAUCUUUUGCACAGUUUGAACUAUCACAAGGUAAUUUCAAAAAAAGUAAGCAACUUCUUCAUAAAGCUGUGGAAUGUGGAGCAGUGCCACUUGAAAUGCUGGAAAUUGCCAUUCGGAAUUUAAAUCUUCAGAAAAAGCAGCUGCUUUCAGAGGAGGAAAGGAAGAGUUUAUCUGCAUCUACAGUAUCAAGUGUGCAAGAACCAUUUCCCAAUACACAUGGACAUUUACAGAAUAGGAACAUUAGUUGUGAUUCUAAGGGACAUACUAAAGCCCGGUUCUUAUAUGGAGAGAACAUCCCCCCUCAAGAUGCAGAGAUAGGCUAUCGAAAUCCCUUGAAACAAACAAACAAGGCUAAACGGUCAUGCCCAUUUGGAAGAGUCCCAGUUAACCUUCUAAGUAGCCCGGAUUCCCAUGAGAAGAUGGAUGUUUCAGUUGCACCACAUUUUACUAAGAGACAUAUCUCUGGGUCAGAGUGCCGAGAUACAGUCACACCUGGAUUUAAAUCAAGUGGAAAUGAUUCCAGCGAAUUGAGACAUUUAAAGUCUGUUCAAAAUAUUCGUUCCAAGGAACCUGUGAUGUCAGAUGAGAAGAGUUCUGAACUUAUUACUGAUUCAGUAACCCUGAAGAAUAAAAGUGAAUCAAGUUUUCUAACAAAAUUAGAAGCAAUAAAUGCAAUUGCAGAAACUAAAGAACAUCAAGAACUAAAGGUUCCAGAAAGUGACCUGAAACAACGGCAAUCAAAGAGAAAGCCUGAACGUGCAAACCAGCAUGCUGCUGCACCUCCCAGCCAGCGGCAGAUUCCAGAGCAGAAACAAACCACUUUUGAGCAACCUGCCUUUUCCGUUUCAAAGCAGUCACCACCAAUAUCAACACCUAAAUGGAUUGACCCAAAAUCUAUUUGUAAGACACCCAGCAACAGUGCCUUGGAUGAUUACAUGAGCUGUUUUAGAACUCCAGUGGUAAAGAAUGACUUUCCACCUGCUUGUCAGUUGUCAACACCAUAUAGCCAACUUGCCUAUUUCCAGCAGCAACAGCAGCAGAUACCUGUUACUCCACUUCAGAAUUUACAGAUUUCAGCAUCCUCUUCAACAAAUGAAUGCAUUGCAGUUAAAGGAAAAAUAUAUUCCAUAUUGAAGCAGAUAGGAAGUGGAGGUUCAAGUAAGGUAUUUCAGGUAUUGAAUGAAAAGAAACAAAUACAUGCUAUAAAGUAUGUGAACUUAGAAGAAGCAGAUAGCCAAACAGUUGAUAGUUACCGGAAUGAAAUUGCUUAUCUGAGUAAACUACAACAACAUAGUGAUAAGAUCAUCCGACUUUAUGAUUAUGAAAUUACAGAUCAGUACAUCUACAUGGUAAUGGAAUGUGGAAAUAUUGAUCUGAAUACUUGGCUUAAAAAGAAAAAAUCCAUCAGUCCAUGGGAACGGAAGAGUUACUGGAAAAAUAUGUUGGAGGCAGUUUACACAAUUCAUCAACAUGGUAUUGUUCACAGUGAUCUGAAACCUGCUAACUUUCUGAUAGUUGAUGGAAUGCUGAAGCUAAUCGAUUUUGGAAUCGCAAACCAAAUGCAACCAGAUACAACAAGUAUUGUUAAAGACUCUCAGGUUGGGACAGUUAAUUAUAUGCCACCAGAAGCAAUCAAAGAUAUGUCUUCUUCAAGAGAAAAUGGGAAGUCCAAAUCGAAGAUAAGCCCCAAAAGUGAUGUUUGGUCCUUAGGUUGCAUUUUGUACUAUAUGACUUAUGGAAAAACACCGUUUCAGCAUAUAAUUAAUCAGAUUUCUAAAUUACAUGCCAUAAUUGACCCUAAUCAUGAAAUUGAAUUUCCUGAUAUUCCAGAGAAAGAUCUUCAAGAUGUAUUAAAGCAUUGUUUAAUAAGGGAUCCUAAACAGAGGAUAUCCAUUCCUGAGCUUCUGGCACAUCCGUAUGUUCAGCUUCAAACUCAUCCAGGUAACCAGAUGGCUAAGGGAACCGCUGAAGAAAUGAAAUAUGUUCUGGGCCAACUCGUUGGCCUGAAUUCUCCUAAUUCCAUUUUGAAAGCUGCUAAAACUUUAUAUGAGCAAUACAGUGGUGGUGAAAGUCAUGAUUCCUCUUCAUCAUCCAAGACUUUGGCAAAAAAAUGGGAAAGAAAAUGAUUUGUGGUUACUCAUGAACUGUCAGGUAUCACCUGUAAAAUAUCGGGACUGUUAAACUCUUGGUUCUCUGUGGAAAUCUCUUGAAGACAGCUUCACUCUGAAAUGUUACUGACAGAAAAAUUCAGUGGAUUAUCCUCAAAAGAAAACUGUAAAAACCUGCUAAUGGCACUGUAUGUAUUGAAUUGUAGAACUGUUUUCCCUUUUAUGCUUCCCUGUAAAUCUAAUCUAUUUGAUAACAUUUUCACACUUGGGGUAGUAGAUGGAAAAUGGAAGUGUAUUCUGAAGAACUAUGUAAAUAGGCUUUGUAUAAUAUAAAAUGACACUAAAUUCUCAAAGCUAUAGAAUUGUUUUCUUCAAGCGAAUAUACUGUUGGUGGGGCAACAGAUUUCUUAAGACAAUGGAUUAAGGGAAACAUGAGAGUAGACCUUCGUAAAUUAACUCUGGGGGAAAAUUCCACAGGUUUCAAAUCCUAAAAAAGAUUUCCCGUUGCUUCAUGGUACUGGUAGUACUUCUUCAUUGUGGAGCUGCACUUGGCUCUUUUAAUUCUCUUUGAUUCUUCAUAAUAUCUUUGCUUUGGGUGUUCAGAGUGUCAUGCUGAAUUCCUAGAAGUAGGCAGUAUAGAGCAUGACCUCAUUGUAUGACUUGCUUAAUGAUGAGCAAUUUCAAAUGUGGUCCCAGAAUUUCUGAGUCUAAAUCUAACAGGUUACUUAAAGAUAUUAUCAUAUAGUAUUCUUUUCCCCAAUUUUUUCUUUAGAUUUUGAUAGACUUUUUUUUUUAUUAAGACUUUAUUUUUAGAAUAGUUUUGGAUUCACAGCAAAAUUGAGGGGAAGGUGCAGAGAUUUCCCAUUUAACCCCUGACCUGACACAUGCAAGGCCUGCCUCCCUGUCAACAUCCACCACCAGUGUGGUACUGUUGUUACAUUUAAUGAACCUACAUUGACACACUAAUAAUCACCCAAAGUCCAUAGUAUGUAUUACAGUUCCGUCUCGGUGCUGCACGUUCUAGGGAUUCAGACAAAUGUAUAAUUACAUCCAUCGUUAUGCUAUUUUAAGUGUUUUCACUGCCUGAAAAAUUCUCUGCACUCCACCCGUUCAUCUCUCUCCUACUUGUAACCCCUGGCAACCACUGAUCUUUUCACUGCAUCCAUAAUUUUGCCCUUUCUAGAAUAAUCCCAUAUAGUUGGGAUUGUACAGUGUUUAGCCUUUCAGAUUAGCUUCUUUCAUUUAGCAGUAUGCAUUUAGCCUAGUAACAUCCACCUUCCUGUCUUUUCAUGGUUUGAGAGCUCAUUUCUUUUUAGUGCCUAAUAGUAUUCCAUUGUCCAGAUGUACCAUGAUUUAUCCCUUCACAUACUGUAGGCCAUCUUGAUUGCUUUCAAAUUUUGGCAAUUAUGAGUAAAGCUGCUCUAAACAUCUGUAAGUAGGUUUUUGUGUGAUAUUCAGCUUCAAAGAGUUGAAUACCAAGGAGCAUGAUUGAUAUGGUUAAAGUAUGUUCAGUUUUGUAAGAAACUGCCAAACUGUCUUUUUGCAUUUUCUCUAACAGUGAAUGAGAGUUUCUGUUGUUCCAUAUCCUUGUCAGCAUUUGAUGGUGUUCAUCAUGUUCCAGAUUUUGGCCCCUCUAGUAGAUUUGUUGUGAUAUCUCAUUGUUCUUUUUAUUUGCAUUUCCCUGUUGACAUAUAUUGUGUAGAGAAUCUUUUCAUAUACUUACCAUCUGAUAGCUUCUUUAGAGAGAUCUUUUCUCCUUUUUCAAAGAUCUGUUAACUGUAUUUAUGGGUAGUCUAUUUCUGGGCUAUCCAUUCAGUUCCAGUAAUCAGUUUAGCUUUUCCUUCAUCAAUAAACGCUAUCUUGAUUAUUGUCACUUUAUAGUAAGUCUUGAAGUCAGGCAGUGUCAGUCUUCCAACUUUCUUCUCUUUUAGUAAUGCCUUGACUGUUCUGGGUUAUCUGCCAGUUCAUGUAAACUUUAGAAUCUCUUUGUCAGUAUCCAUAAGGAAACUUGCUAGAAUUUUGAUUGGGAUUGCAUUGAAUCUGUAGGUCAAAUUGGGAAGAACUGGCAUCUUGACAAUAUUGAGUUCCAAGAACAUUUAUUCUCCCUUUAUUUACCUCUUCCUUGAUUUAAUUGUUCAGAGUUUUUCAGUUUUCCUUAUAUAGACCUUGUACAUGCAUUGUUAGAUUUAUACAUAAGCAUUUCAUUUUGGACAGGGGCUGGCUAAUGUAAAUGGUUGGAGAAGGAAAUGGCAACCCACUCCAGUAUUCUUGCCUAGGAAAUCCCAUGGACUGAGGAGCCUGGCGGGCUACAGUCUAUGGAGUCUCAAGAGUCGGACACUACUAAGCAAGUAGCCACCCCCAAUGUAAAUGGUAUUGUGUUUUUAAUUUCAAAUUCCACUUGUUCUUUGUGGUUAUAUAGGAAAACAAUCAAUAUUUAUA